AGGUAAAAUUUAACAACCGGUUUGGUCUGGUGCAUACUGAUUUGACAGCUGAACAGCGAAUAAUGACGUCAGCUGAUCUUUAACUAUGGUUGGUGAAUACGGCUAGCAUCUCUUGUUUGAAUUUAAAAAUAAACAUUAUUUAUUUUGUUUUCAUUCCAGUGUUAUAAGUGGCUGUUGAAAAUAGUUUUUUUGUGUGUUGGUCUGAUUUUAAUAACAUUAGGUAUUAAAAUAUUUUUUGUAUUAAUGUAAAUACGCCCACCUACCAGAUUUUAAUUUUGUAAGUGAAAGAACAGCUGAAAUUUCUGGCAAUAAAACAUGCGGGGAUUUUCCCUAAAAUAGUUUCGAUAUUUUUUUUCUAUCACUCGCGUUUGCUUUCUGUGAAAAAUCCAGGCAACACAUUGAAUGUGAGUUAACUGCUUUGUGAAAUAUACAUCAGAGCAGAUUAAAUUUGUUGUGGUUGAAUUUAAAGUGUUUGCAGGAACUCUUAGAUUUUUUUUUUUUUAUUAUGUACUACUGAGCUUGCUAAUUUUGUAAUCUUAUCAUAUAGAUAAGUGUAUAAGAUUUUCAUACCUUUAUUUUCUCUCCUGGAUUUGAACGUAUUUCACUCUAAAAGAAAGCUGUUGCAUGAUUAAUUUAUCAUUUAUACCGAUAUUUUUUAAAAGUUGUUUUCAAAAAUUAUUUUUAAAAUCAUAAGUAAGUUUUAAAGAAAUACAUUUUUAAACAAUAAAUUAUGCUAUCAAUUUGACUGCUACAGAAUAAGAUUUUAGUUGGAAACUACUGUCUGUGGAUUUAAUAAUAUAGUAAAAAAUAAAUUCAUGGUGAUAUAAGUAUUUCUUAUAGACUGAAGAUUAAUUCUGUCCAAUAUUUUACUGAUAAUAAUAUUUUCAUUAAAUUGACAGUAUUUUUAUAUUUAACAAUUUCUUUCGCAAUUCGAAAUAUAAGAUUGCAUCUCAUAACGGAGAGAAACUAUCAGAUUAUAAAAUAUGGAUAAUUCAACUGCAUCCCAACAUAUAGAAACUAGCAUGGAAUAUAUGAAAUUUUGUACAUAUGUGAUUGAUAAAGAAAUGAAGAGAUUUAAUUUAGAUUUUACUGUAUAUCAAUCAUUUGUUACUCAGCUACCUGGUAGUCUUGAUGUAAAUUUUGAUAUUGCAUAUAAUAGAUGUGCUUUCAUGUAUAAAUAUACUUUAUGUAAUAUGUAUUUUUUUAAAGAUUGCAUAAAUAAAUUUCUCUUGCAAUGCACAGAAUUUAAAAAUUUAGUUUCAAAAUGGACAGUUGAUUCAAAUAGUAAAUUAUGUGCCAUGAGUUGUGGUCCAGGUUUGGAUUAUUUGUCAUUCAUGCUUGCUUUGUCUGAACAUGUCAGUCCCUCAACAUUUAAAAAUAUAACAAUUCUAUCAAAACAUGGUGCUUGGAGAAACACUGUUGGGAUAGUUGCAGAUGCUUUAGAGGAAGGAGCUCUUUCUAAAUAUGGAAUUGGAAAGCUGUUGAAUUUUAAAAACAUUGAAGUGAUUCAAUCAAAUUUACUUAUAUCUAUUCCGGUGAAAGGUUUUGAAGCUCUUCAACAUUCAAGUGUCAUUUUGAUGACUAAAACCUUAAAUUUAGCAGCACCAGGAUCAAAUGAAGAAGAACUUAUUAAAACUAAACUUCUGGAACUAAUUUCUUCAUUGAAACCUGAAGCGACUAUUUUUUGCAUUGAUACAAAACCUAGUUUGGUGUUAUUCUUAGAAGUUUUGUCACGAUUUCAUGGAAAAUUUUUGUACAAGCCUGAUCAUUUGUCUUUUAGAGUUCCUAUUACAUUCUCAGAAGAUUAUAAAGAAAAACAUGGUUGCUUUCCUGUUGUAUGUGCUAGAGGUGCAUUUUUUGUAUGGCAGAAAUUGUCAACUGUUGAACCUCAUUCAAAUAUCGCUAUUUCUCCUAUAAAUAUCCUAACUGAUGUAAAAGAAAUCUCUCAGAAUUCAUUAGAAAAUACAACUAAAGAGGAUGAUGAGGUUUUAAACAUCACAAAAACACUAAGGGAUUUAAUACUUCCAAGCAAUAAAAAUUUCCAGCAUAAUUCAUUAGGCAAUGUUAUGAACGAUUCACAUGUAAAUGAUAACACAGGUGAAUUGAUAUCUAUAACAUCUAGUCCUUUUAAUACUCCUAAAAAAUUAGAAAUCAAUAAAUCUUCUUCUGUUCAAACUCUUCUUGACAGCCCAUCACUUCAAGAAGUAACUUCUCAAGUAAAUUUUGCUGAAAAGAACUGUUCUGCCAGUUCUCUAAAAAAAUCAAACAGCAUUGACAACAGUUUUUUCCAGAGCUCUUCUAAAAAUAUAUCAUUUCUUGAAGAAAGUGAUUUGUUACAGAAUUAUCCAUUAUAUAAUCAAACAAAGGAAGAAACCUAUCCAACAAUUCUUCCCCAUCAAAUUCCUGCUAAAAGUAAAGUCAAUGAAAGCAAAAGUAAUACUGUUCCAAAAAGUAAUCAAAGUUUAAAGUCUACUUUAGAAUCGAAGGCAACUCAAACAGAAUUACACCAAUUUACAACUAAUUCAAGUCAUAUUAAGGACCUUACUGAAAGAGUAAAAAGACUUGUUUCUUCAUUAGAAAAUGAAAUGCAGAAAAGUAUUUCUGAUGGUCAAAUGGACUAUAAUAUACAUGAUGCACCUAAAAUGAAUGCAAAUUAUACAUCCUGCUCCACAAAUCAUACUAAUAAAUCUGAUGUGAAUGUCACACCUCAAUGCUGUAAUGGUUAUCAGACUGAAAGAGAACAUUUAAUAAAUUUUUGCAAUUGUGCUCAAAUGCAUCAUGAUCACUGUUGUGCAGUUAGACACAUUCAUAGAUGCGAAAUGCAUUGUUGUAAAUCAUGUAUUCACAAAUGUCACAUAAAUCCUUACAGGUGUUGUGAAAAUAAUACUGCUUCUACUAGUACACGUUUAGCACAGCCUCAAAUUGUUAUACCUUUGCAAAAUGUGAAUAAUGAUGUAUUAUUGCAAAUUAUUUUAGCUGCUAAAUCUGGCUCAGAAAUUCAGUAAUACUUUUAAUGCUGUUAUUUAUAACUUUGAACAAGUCAUUCAUUUCAGCUGUGCUAAUUUUAUUCAUCGUUUUUUUUUUUUUCCUUUAGGAUUAUACUGUUUUUCAGCUAUUAAUUUUUUUUUUUAAUAUUUGCUUUAUGUACAUUUAAUAAAAAAGUUUUGAUAAAAGUUUAAAAUAAUCUUAUAAAUUUGAAAUUUUUAAAGUUGCAAGUUUCACUUUAAUCUAUAGUUUUCUCUUUAAUAAAGGACACUAUUGAUGCUAUGGCAUUUUUGGUAAUGAAUAUAUAUAUAUAUUCAAAAUUAGGGGCAUAUAUUUAUAAGUUAUAUUGAUAAAUAUCACAGACAUUUUCAAUAUUUUUGAUUAUUUUAUUUGUUACCAUGGCUUUCUAAAUUUUCUUGCUUAUCUGUACUAUUUUUACUAAAAAUUCUGAAAAUUUUUAGGUGGAUUUUUAUGGGUAAAAUUAUAAUUAUCAGAUGUAUAUUAUACAUGAACAUUCUUUAUUUUUCAUGCUGGAAUUAUUGAAAUAUUUAUCAGAAUCACCAACUGUACUUUUUCAAAUAUUAUGUGAUAUUUUUCAGAUAUUCUAUAAAGCACACCAAUAUUUUAUGUAUUCAUAAUCAAUAAGCAUGCUGAAGAUUUCCCAAAUUUUUCAAUAUUGCAGCCUGAAUUUUAGAAAAACAAAUGCUGUAAUGAUCAGUUUUAUCCUAAACACAUAGAAUUUUUUUAGAGAUAAACAGGACGUUUCUUUCAGAAAAAAUUUUUAUAAGCCAAAAAAUAGCUUUAAUGAAAUAUAUAUAUAUAUAAUUUAUAUAUAUAUAUAAUUAAAUGUAAUUUUAGAAAAAUAUUUGUGUAGUUUGAUGAAAAUUUGUGGUUUAUAUUUGUAAUAAUGGAUUUUGAAAGAUUCACAGGCAUUCAUGAUCUUCUCUGGGCUUGUAAUUUGAUAACUCCUACAUAAGCCAAAUUAAACAUUUGGAAUUAGUAUGAAAUUGUUUUUUCUAAUACUGUUAUAUAAUUUGAAGUAAGUGUAUACUUUGCAUGUGUUUGAUGAUCCCUGUCAAGAAAUGGCAUAAUGAAGUGUCAAACUUUUAAAAGUAUGUAAUUAAAAAAUUUUGAUUACAGAAAUUGUAGCUAUUUGAUGUAAAUUUAUGUAGCUAAAAGAGUACAAAUCGAAAAUAAAAUUUUCCACUUUUAAUCAGAAUUUUGAUAAUUAAAUUUAGUCAUUAAACUUUUGAUGAAAAAAUAGUAUUUCUCUCUUAUAAAGAUUAUUAUUUAUUAUUUUCAAAAUGGUAACAUUUGUAGAUAAAGAAAUAGAAAUAUGAUAAAAUAUUUAGGGUUUGCUCAGAAGUCAUUGUAAUUUUACAUGGAAUUUUGAACUAACAUUUGACCUUUCAGUAUAGAAUUUUUGUUGAAAUAUUGUAUAAGUUGUAAGAAAUGAUUAUAAACUGGAAAUCAGUUCCCAAAUAGAAUAUGAUUGUAUAGUUCUUAAUUAUGUAUAGUUAAAGUAAAGGUUUUUAAGAUUUGUAUUUUUGA